AUAACCUAUUUACUUUAAAUUUGGCUUUCACAUUUCCUGACACAUGGUUUCUCCUUUAUAGGUUUGCAAGUAUCCUGAACUACAGUCCUAUGUGCAUCUUACUAUGUUGGCUUUUAAUAACACUUUCUUUAAUUGGCCCACUUUCUCCUUCAUUGGUAUUCCUGGUCUGGAGGCUGCACAUAUAUGGAUCUCCAUCCCCUUCUGUAUCCUGUACCUCAUAGCCCUUGUGGGUAAUGCUGUUCUUCUUAUCCUAGUUAGAGCAGAGAAGAACCUUCAUGAACCUCAGUUCUAUUUUUUGGCUAUGCUAGCCCUUACUGAUCUAGGCCUUUCAUUGUCAACAAUGCCUAGUGUCUUGGCUAUCUUCUGGUUUGAUGUCCGUGACAUUGGCCUUAAUGCCUGCCUAACCCAGAUGUUCUUCAUCCACACCCUCUCCUCAGUAGAAUCAGGUGUCCUGGUGGCCAUGGCUUUUGACCGUUUGGUAGCUAUCUGUGCUCCAUUAAACUAUACCAAGAUCCUUACCCACUACACCGUUGCCUGCCUUAGUGGAGCUGCCCUCAUACGAGGUGCCACUCUGCUGGCUCCUCUGCCUUUUUUCCUUAGGACUUUUCCUUUCUGUGGGGCCAAUAUCCUGUCACACUCCUAUUGCUACUACCCAGAUAUGCUGAACUUAGCCUGUGGGGACAUUACCUUCAGCAGUGCCUAUGGAUUGGUUUUUGUUCUCUGCACAUUUGCAGUGGAUGUUGUCUUCAUCUUAGCUUCAUACAUGAAGAUCUUGGACACCAUUAUGAAGCUGGAGACUCAAGACAGAAACUGGAGGUCACUGCACACCUGUGCCUGUCACCUAUGCAUGGUGCUUGUGUUCUACCUGCCCCUAAUCAGCUUGGCAGUGCUGCAUCGUUAUACCCAGGACACUUCCCCAAUUCUGUAUACCACCAUGAGUAAUGCCUACCUCCUCAUGACACCACUGCUCAACCCUCUUGUCUAUAGUCUCAAAUCCCAGCAGAUCCAGGCUGCCCUGCGCAAGCGAUUUUGGGUGCAACGUGUCAUUGCUGGGGAAUGAUAUUUUCUCUAUAUUAGAAGAGAUAACCAAUUUAAAAACUGCUAUUCAGGAUCUACUGUGUGCCAAGUAGUAUGUUAGGCACCAUGAAUUCAAAACAAUAAAAUACUUAGGUUUUCUCAAGAAAUAUUUAAUCUAACUAAUGAGGGAAAGGGAGGCAGAAUGCUUAGGUAAAAGAUCAUAACUGUGAUCAUGAAUGAUGACUUUGGUAGUGGUAAGGAGAAAUGACAACAGGAAGCCAAGCUCAUUGUGUUUGGUGUGUGAGUUGGAGGAAAAUCACAUCGCUCCAGGUGUUAAACUGAGGAGUCCAACUCUGGAUUGUAAAAGAUCAAUGAGGGAUUAAUUUUAUAGAGAAAACAAAAUGUCUCCUAAUUCUUGACUGGCAAUGUUGUUUAAGCUGAAGCACGAAAAUUCAAAAUUGAUGAUAAAUUUAUGACGGUAUGUUUAUUAUUUCUGACUACUUCUUGUAGUUGGAUACUAGCUAAUGUCUGAACCUUCUGACUUUUAACAAAAAGUAAAGGAGCUUUCUGAAAAGAAUAAUAUAUAAGGAUCUGAGAAAUAGUUAUUCUUACUCAUUUUGCUACUUCAUUCAGAAUUCAUGCUUUAUUUGGAU